UGAGUUGAAAAUAGGCACUUCCUGUUAAGAAAAACACAUGUGUUAUGUUUACGAAAUACUCAACAUGCUCAAAGUCUUGAACUGAAUUGAAUAAUUAUGAAAUAUCUGUUGGAAUCAAGAUUUUCUUCUUCGGAUGAAGAUAGCUCAUCCGAUGAAGAAGUAAACGAGCUGGCAUCAGCUCUAAGUGAAAGUAUCGCCAAACAUAUCACAGUGAAGCGACAGCAAAAGAGUGCAAAUGUUGACAAUUCUAUUUUUGUGUUGGACAAAACACCUGGAAAUGUUCCACUAAAGUCUCCAGAAAACGACAACAAAGAAAAGUCCAGUGGAAAAACAAAUAUCAAGAAAUCAAAGAAGAAAACUAAGAAAAACUAUGAUGGUUUAUCUUCAUACAUACACUGUAACAUUGACAUCAUGGACCCAAGUACAUAUAAACCUAAACAAGGGGAACAUAAAAAACAAAAGAAUAAAGGAAAGGAAACCAAGACAGACAGAGUAGUGCAGGAACUCAUGAAGAAGAGCGUGAUUACACCAGACUUUGAAAAACAAGAUUCUCUGGAGCCAUAUGAAGAAGGUCGAAGAAAACAAAAACUAAAAAGAAAGAAAGAGAAGGCUAUGACAAAGGGCAAAGGCUGGUUUGAUAUGAAGGCCCCAGAAAUGACAGAUGAAGCCAAAAUGAAUUUGGAGAUGCUCAAGAUGAGGAAGGCUCUGGAUCCAAAACGCUUCUACAAGAACAAUGACAUGAAGGGUCUGCCCAAGUUCUUCCAGUUUGGAAAAGUGGUGGAAUCAGCGGCAGACUUCUAUCAUUCCAGAGUUCCCAAGAAGAAGCGGAAAGCCAACCUGGUCCAGGAGCUGCUAGCUGAUGCUGAAUUCAGACAAUACAACAAAAGAAAAUAUGUUGAGAUUCAGGAAGCCAAGAAGAAAGGAGAUGGACCUUAUAAAAGGAUGAGAAGAUUAAAGAAAAAGAAGAAAAUAAAUUAACACUUUUAUAUACAUAAAUUGAUCUUUACUUUUUGUGUCAUUACAAAACUGUUUUUUCAUGCUACAUGAAGAUUUAUUCUCUAUGAAUCAGAUAUUGUAUUGAUUAACGGGUAGCUUCAUUUAACAUGUAAAUCAAAUGACAUUAAAGAAUGUUCAUUCAAAAGAAGUAAUGUUGAUAAAAUGACUAAGUUGCAAAUGUGGACGUAUACUUUCAAAGGGAGGCAAAUUGAAGGGAAAAUUGCAUUUCUGCCUCAAGAUUUGGCAGAAUGUUGAGUAAUUUACAGAUGUUGACAUCCACUGAGUAUAUUCUCUAUUCUUUAAGAAUAUUGAGAAUUAAACUUAUUAACAUCUA